AUGUCCAGCCGAGAUACGUCGGAGAGCGAGAAAGAUGGGAUUCAACGUCAUACUUCUCUUGAGCACGGGGUCGGCGCUCCUUACAUCGAGCUGACGAAACAAGCCAGCCGAGGGUCCGAGUUGAAGAGAGUCGCCAGCAAUACUCUGGGGAGAGUCGCAUCUCGUCUAACGACACGAGAUAUCGUUGACCCUGGGCCUCCACCCGACGGUGGCCUAAAGGCAUGGGUUCAAGUUGCCAUGGGUUGGCUGGUAUGUGUUUGUACCUGGGGUUUCAUCAAUUCCUUCGGCACAUUCCAAACAUACUAUACCGACACGCUGGGUGAAUCGCAGUCGACCAUCUCCUGGGUAGGGUCGCUGCAACUGUGGACAGUGUUCUUUUCAUCGGCAUUUUCAGGCCGAGCUCUCGACGCCGGACUGUUUGUCCCGGCCUUGAUCAUUGGGUCGACGAUCCAACUGCUCGGUAUCUUCAUGACGAGUCUGUGUAAUGACUUUUGGCAGCUGUUACUGGCACAGGGGGUCUGCACGGGGUUGGGGAGUGGCAUCAUUUUCUGCCCUACCUUGGGCUUGGUCACGACUUACUUCAAGGACAGACGCGGCAUUGCCGUAGCUAUUGUGACCACAGGCAACUCCGUCGGUGGUGCUGUAUACCCGGUCAUUAUCCGUCAAUUGCUUCCUAAGAUAGGUUACGCCUGGACGGUACGUGUGCUGGGUUUCGUGAACCUAGCUCUGCUCGGCACCGCGCUGGCGUUCAUGAGGCCGCGGCUACCACCUCGAAAAGCAGGGCCAAUCAUCGAGUGGAGGGCGUUCUACGAGGUACCAUAUACCAGUAUGCUGAUCGGCAUGUCGCUUGUCUUUGGCGGCCUGUUUUUCUCAUACUACUACCUUGGCUCGUACGGACGCGAUAUCUUCGGCAUGAGCUACCCUGACUCGGUCAAUCUGCUCAUCAUCUUCAACGCCACCGGAGUACCCGUGCGAUUGCUGACCGGGUGGGUUGCCGAUCGGGUCUCGGGUCCGCUGAACGCAAUGGUGCUGCUUCUCUUCAUCAAUGGGCUGUUCGGUCUUUCCUGGAUCGCCGUUCGCUCAGUGUCAGGAUUGUACGUGUUUUCAGUGUUUUAUGGCUUCUCUGCUGGGGCGUUUCAAUGUCUUUUUCCGACGACGGUGACGAGCUUGAAUAAUGAUGUGAGCAAGAAUGGAACUAGACUAGGCAUGGCGUUUUCGAUAUUCAGCUUCGCGGGCCUGGCAGGGCCACCUAUCGGAGGUGCCUUGCUCACAACGAACGGUGGCGGCAGAGGUGGUUACCUGGCCGCGCAGUUGGGGCUGGGAUUGGCGACACUGUUGGGAGCUUUGUUCAUGGUCGCUGCCAGAGUCCACAAGGAGGGCUGGAGUCUGACGAUAAAAUGUUAA